CCUUCUCUGUUCCCCCUCCGCCCCUCUGCUCUCUGGCAGGGUUUGGGCCCAGGAGGGAUCUCCUCGGGAGAAAGCCGGGGGCCCAGCGCGCGAUGAGCCGGGGAAGGGCCGCCCCCCGCCCGCGGUCCCCGGUGUCCAAUAAAGACAGGGCCGGAUGGCAGUCUGCACUCCUUUAUCUGGGACUGUGGGGCUCAGGGGCUCAGGCGCAGACUCCCUCCGAGGUCCCAGAGCCAGAAGCAGGGCCUGAGGGUGGCUUCGGGGCCCCAGUCGGCCCCCUGGUAGCUGUGCACGGGAGCCCCGCUCUGGGCGUCGGAGAAGGCCAGGAGGCCGGCCUCCACCUCCAGGUAGACGGCCAGCCGCUGGGGCUGGUGCCGGAUGGCCAGGGUGACUUCGGGGGUCCACAGCUGGCCCCGGCUCAGCUGCAGAGCCCAGAGCCCCUUGUUGGGCUGGGGCCGGGGGUUGCCCUCGCAGGCCACGCCCACGGCCCAGCCCCCCGACUGGCUGACGUCCACCUCCCAGUAGUGAGAGCCGUGGCCCCAGGCCUUGUCGCCCAGGACGCAGGGGCAGAGGUCGGCCUGCUGGGCGCUGGCCCGGGGCCCCAGCCGCACGGUGCGCCCGCCUUCCGAUACUUCCAGGCCCGGGGCGGCCGAGUUGAUGUCGAAGCGCACCGGGGGGUCGUCGCGCUCCAGUUCCCCCGAGAGCCGCUCGCGGAAGGCCCGCGCGGCCUCCUUCAGCACGGCCUGGGCCCGGCCCGCGCCCCCCAGGCCCUCCCCGGGCAGCACGCGGGCCCCCAGAGUCUUGCCGGCCUCGGCCUCCAGCUUGCGAAGUCCCUCCUGGACGCUGCUGUCACCCAGCAGGCGGGCGCUGGGCAGGUGGAGCCAGGCCGAGGCCUCCAGCAGCAGGCGGUCCAGGCGCCGGGCGUUGGCCGAGAGGCGCGCCCCGCGGGCGCGGCGGGCGGCCUGGGCCUGGCGCUCGGCGGCCGCCAGGGAGCUCAGCAGGUCCUGCUCGGCCUGGCUCAGGAAGUGGCGCAGACCCUCGAACUCGUCCCCGAGGCGCUGGCGCCGGAUGGCGGCCUCCUGGCCCAGGUGGGCCACCUGGCGCUCCUGCCGCAGCCCCGCGUCCUCCAGCGCCUCCCUCUGGGCGCGCAGCCUGCCCAGGGCCCCCCGCAGGCGGGCGCGGGUGGCUCGGCCCUCCUCCGCCAGCACCACCAGGUCGUGGCCCUGGUGCGCUCUCUCGGGGUGGCAGGCGGGGCACAGGGUGGCGCCGUCGCGGCGACAGAAGAGCCAGAGCUCCUCUCCUGGGUGCUGGGGGCAGGGGCUCUGGGGCAGGCUCACCCCUGGCCUCGGCUCGGCCCACUGCCCGCUGUCCCCUGGGCUCGCGGCCGGCGGGCUCCCGGGCCCCGGGCCCCGGCCCGCCUCGUCCUCUCGUCGGGGGCCCCCCUCGGCCUCCUCCUCCUCGGAGCCCCCGUCGGCCUGCUGCCCCGGGGCCUCCUCGCGGGGGGGCUGCCUCUCCGGCCUCCUGGCCUGGGCCUCCUCGAUGUCCGCCGGGCUCUUCUGGGGCGCGGCCUCCCCCUCCGGAGCCCCCUCCGCCGUGGUGUCCGGCGCGGCCUCCCCGUGCUGGGCCUCCCGGGGCGGCCCGUCGCCCGGCCUCCCCCCGGCCUCUUCCUCGGCCGGAGGCGGGCCCGGCUCGUCCUCGGCCUCCCUGGCCUCCCGGCUCCGGCCCGUGCUGGUUCCCGGGCCCGGCACCCCGUCUUCGCCCACGUGGGGCCGCAGGCGCUUGGCGGCCAUGGCCACGUUGGCCAGCUGGCAGUUGGGCCGCAGCUUGCGCUUGGGGGAGCGGGCGCGGCACUGGGGGCAGGGGAAGCGCCGGCCCAUCUCAUCCCAGCAGCGGGUGAUGCAGGCGCGGCAGAAGUUGUGGCCGCAGUCGAUGGUGACCGGCUCGUGCAGGUAGUCCAGGCACACGGCGCACGUCACCUCCUCCUGCAGCAGGCGCACGGGGUCCGAGGCGGCCAUCGCUGGGGCGGCACUCGGGGCUCCUGCCCCCUCCACCCCCCACCUAGGGCCCCAGCCCUCCCUUGCUCUGCCCCCCCGCUCCCUCUGCUGCCAGCCAGCCAGCGGGGCCAUUGUGAGGUCACCUCGGGUGGGGAGGGGGUUUCUAGGGAGCCCCAGAAGGAAGCCAGGCCUGGGGGGACAGAACUGGCCUUCACCGGGCCUCUCCCCAAGGCCAGGUCCCAGGACUCCUGCCCCCGCCUGCCGACCCUGGGGGCCGAUGGGGGGGCUGCCCCUCUCCGCCUGCUGCCAGAACGGGCCCCAGAUCCUGGCCAGAAAGCUGCCGGCCCUGCCUCGGCUGCUCUGGGCCUCUCCCGGGCGCUCGGCCAGCAGCUUCAAGGCCUCUGACCUGCAGGUGGAACUGAACCAGGCGCCCCAGAAGAAGCCGGAGCUCGGGGAGUCCCUGCCCUUUGGGAAGCACUUCACUGACCACAU